CAAAAUGUAGUUGUCGAGCUCAGCUUUCGUCAGCCAGCACCACCCUCCGAUAAACCAAAUCCAUCCACAUCGCAACCACGCUCAAUAUACCUAGGAUGGACGGGCAUGCAAAGCCAGACCAGAUUGGCUCCCAUUGUGUCAAGGAAUGGAAUUCAAGGGACAAGAGGAAGCACUGCUAGGCAAGAACAAGAUGUCGCUACAGUCGAGCUCGAUUCCACUCUGGCAAGAGUCUUGGGCAUAGCCAAUGGCUUGAAGGUUUCGGUCAACCUCCACAUUGAUCCGCCUCAAGCGCAUACCGUCAAUAUCGAGCCACUCACACCAACCGACUGGGACAUCAUUGAGUUGCACGCCCGCUUCCUCGAGACCAACUUCCUGUCGCAAGUUCGUGCUCUCCCGAAUCCUGCCUUUUCCGGUGUUCAGUCCCAGCGCCAUCCCUUGACCUUGCACCUUACACCUACCUCUACCGCGAAUAUCCUUGUCACAUCUCUGAGUCCUGCUCCGCCAUCGACUCAAGCUUUCGUUAAAAUCUCGCCCGAAGCCGAAGUUAUCGUUGCGCCAAAGACUCGCCAGCCUCGAAGCUCCGAUCGCUCCAGUCGAAGUGUCGCAAGCACAAGCAGAAAGAGCGUGGGAGGAAGAAGCAAUGCUAGUACCGUACGACACCCAGCUACGCGCGAGGAGCUUCCUACACGUCCACCACUCUUCUUAAGAGCUGUCGAUCGUGCCAUAGCUGCUGAAUAUUUCGACGACGAGGAUCCUGGCGAUGCCGACAAGGGUUUGCGAAUCUGGCUAGACAGUGAUCAUUUGCUGUCCAAGAGUCUCAAGGGUCUGACUUGGGUUUCGGUAUCGAUUGUUCGACCUGCGAGCUUGGAAGAGCCUGUCAACCCACAGAAACAGGCCAUGGACUCUGAGAAAGCAGCUUCCAAAGUUGUGGCACGCCUGUGCGCCUGGAAUUAUGCACCGGACAGCCAACAUGCUGCUUUGUCUUCGUCGCUCUGUGCGGCCAUGGGUUCUUCAGGACUAGUUGGGGGCAUAGUCAGAAUCGAAGGUGCACCUCCACAACUACCCAAAACCGCUUCAGCCAUGAAGAAAGAGUCAAAAGAGAAAGAGUCGGUGGUUAAGACCCUUCGAGUCUUUCCCUUUGGCACUGCUCAGUCAAAUAUUCUCAAGUUCGGUGGUGAAUCGGCUGCUGAGAAAGAGGCUGCCGUGCGGAAGUUGAAGGCUAUCUUUGGUGACGGUCAAGAUGGAUCUGGUCUCCUCGAAGGUCCUCUGACGGAUGGAAUGCUUCUGCCAGCAGAGACUGAUAAGAGUAAGGAUCAUGCUUGGCCAGGUGGUAUACUGCGAUUCGAUCCUCCGCCGGGUAGCACAGAAGAGCAUCCUGCAAAGAAGCCUGCAGAUUGGCUUAUGGGUGCUGAGCGAAAACUGACCAUCGAGGUCCAGCCUGAAAUUGCAAAACCCUCAGACUUGACACGAGGAACACCCGGUCAUGAAAUACCAGAGUCACCACCAGAAAUGGUCGGCAUUGAUACUCUGACGGCCGAGCUUGAAAGUCAUCUUUCGCACUCGUCGUCUAUACUGCUUACAGGAGGAUUGGGUUCAGGAAAGACGUCCCUUGCACAUCUUCUUGCUAAUAAACUUCGCAGAGAGCAUCUGUACAACAUCACUUACUUUUCCUGCCGGACACUGGUCACAGAUGAGACACGUGUGUCUACUAUCAGGGAGACAUUACAAAGAGUCUUUGGUGCUGGAGCGUGGGGCGCUAGACUCGGUGGUCGCGCUUUGGUCAUAUUGGACGACAUCGACAAGCUAUGCCCCGUAGAGACAGAACUUCAAGUUGGCAACGACAAUGGCCGCAGCAGACAGGUCAGUGAGCUCUUGUGCUCUAUCGCAAGACAACACUGUUCUCGAGAGACUGGUGUUGUGUUACUGGCCACUGCUCAAGCUAAAGAGUCUGUCAACAAUGUUGUCAUUGGAGGACAUGUUGUUCGAGAUAUCCUGACACUAAAGGCACCAAACAAGGAUGGUAGACGCAAAGUUCUCGAGCUUCUAGUACGACAAAAAGACGUCCAGAAACCAAAACAUUCAAGAUCACAUAGCGACGGCGCUGCUUGGAUGGGUGGCUCAGAAGCAGGCGAUCAAGCAAAUGGUGCAGAAGGUUUCGAGGUUGAUCCGUCGAUCGAUUUCCUGGAUGUCGCUGGACAAACGGAUGGCUACAUGCCUGGAGAUCUUACGUCGCUUGUCUCGAGAGCACAAAAUGAGGCUCUCAUCCGAAGCGUCUCAGAAGAUGCAGAAAAUCCGCAAGUCUCGCUGACCCGAGAGGACUUCACAGCCGCGCUCAAAGGUUUUACCCCUGCCUCUCUUCGCGGCGUCACUCUACAAACAUCUACCACUACUUGGUCAUCGAUCGGUGGCCUGCAAGAGACCCGACAGACUCUUCUGGAGACCCUGCAAUAUCCAACAACAUACGCACCUAUCUUCGCACAAUGUCCUCUACGCCUUCGAUCCGGUCUGCUGCUGUAUGGGUAUCCGGGAUGCGGAAAGACCUUGCUGGCAUCCGCAGUAGCUGGAGAGUGCGGCCUCAACUUCAUUUCAGUCAAAGGACCAGAGAUUCUCAAUAAAUACAUUGGUGCUUCUGAAAAGAGUGUCCGCGACCUGUUUGAUAGAGCAGAAGCCGCGCGCCCUUGCGUACUCUUCUUCGAUGAGUUUGACAGUAUAGCGCCGAAGAGAGGACACGACAGCACGGGUGUCACCGACCGUGUUGUCAAUCAGCUUCUUACGCAGAUGGAUGGUGCCGAGGGGCUUUCGGGAGUCUACGUCCUCGCUGCCACUAGUCGACCCGAUCUCAUCGAUCCUGCUCUUCUUCGUCCCGGUCGUUUGGACAAGAGUUUGCUUUGUGACAUGCCCAACAUGGACGACCGCAUCGACAUCCUCCGCGCCGUAACCGGAAACCUCAAAAUCGAGCCCAGCAUCCUCGACGCCUCCAAUGAGAAUCAAAGUAUACUCGAGAUAGCCAGACAGACACAAGGAUACUCAGGUGCAGAUUUGCAAGCAGUCAUGUACAAUGCGCAUCUAGAAGCCAUCCACGACGUUCUGGGUCCCACUGAAGAACUUGGCAACGGAGGAAAUGAUAAAUCAUCUUCACGCUCAAAGUCAAAAUACAAGGACUUCACCUACUUCCGCUACGGCGAUGAAAGUCUAGGAAAAGACGCCUCCGCAAAGCCAACAUCGCAAUCUCUGGCCGAAAGAGCCACCAUCGCCGCAAAACUCGCUGCUUUGGAAACUGCGCGUAAGCGCUCUAAAGUCGCCAAUGCUGUUCCUGCAGACACAAGCAUCAAUGGCGUCAAAGAAGAGACGGCAGAAACACAAGAGCCGGUAAUUUCGUGGAGACAUGUGCUUAAGAGUCUGGAACAGACCAGACCUUCCAUCUCCAAGGCUGAUCAGAGGAGGUUGAGCAUGAUAUACAGAGAAUUUGUAGUGGGCAGGAAUGGCGAGAUGGCUGAUGGUGAGGCUGGCACCGAGAUUGGAGGGCGGUCGACAUUGAUGUAA